AAUAUGAAAGUACUACCCUUUCGACACUUGAGCAUCAUCAUGUCCACUGUCAGUGCACUUUCAAGUUCCUCAUCUGCGGCACCUCCCUCGUCCAACGCCGUUGUUCCUGCCACUUAUUCCAACCUCAAUCACAACGCCUUGCAGAAACCUUUGCUCGAUGCUACAUGUCCCGAGCCCGUUGGGGCCUCUAUUCUUUACGAAGAUGACUUCGUAAAACUAACAGAGUCUUCACUUUGCAUCAAAUGGUAUUAUUUUCCCAUCGGAGCCUCGAAGGUUAUCCCGUUGAAGAGCAUUCAAAAGGCCGUAGCAGCAGUCAGGACGGGAAAAGGAAGAAUCUAGCAGGCAGACGCGCAGAGUGGUAGUGCUCUGCCGGGAGUUCCCACUUUGAAGACCCAUUUUGGGCUGUAUUUUGAAAUGUACCAUGUCUUCUGUAAGAAGCAAGCCAGGGGGCACAGGAAAUAGGAUUUUUAGCCCCUUCCACGACUUUCCAUCCUUGUAAAUUUGGCAUCGGGAAAGUGCCGACUUAUAUCUGAAGAAUCAUAGAACGGGAUGAAAAAUGGACAAGAGCAGGUUGAACACAACCUCCCGCCACCGGGUCUGAAAAUGUUUUAAAACCCGAUCUUACGUAUUACAUCGCAGAGGCCCUACACAGCACUGUGGGUGGAACGAACAUGCUGUGAAAAUGGGCUGUCUUACACAACGAAAAAAAAAUUAAACACGCCAGCAUGCACCAUGCAAAGGCCAUGAAAACUUGCUAGAUCUGCGUGUGCGCUCUUCACGUUCUUAUCGCUCGCGGACGCCUCAAGAAGAA